UCAGCAUUGCCUUCAAAGCAAGAGAAGGGAGAAGAGCCCAGAUUUUCCAGGAAUUCUAACUACGAUGGCAGCUCAAUUGCACAGUACGUCUCACAACUUCAGUGAACCCAGGACCAGCCAUGAUGUCCUAGGGCUUGGAAACCAAGACCCCAGAGAUUCACAACUGAGACUAAUCUUAGUGGGUAAGACUGGAGCAGGCAAAAGUGCCACAGGAAACAGCAUCCUUGGAAAGAAAGCAUUUCAUUCCAGCCUUGCAGCAAAAUCAAUCACCAAGGUCUGUGAGAAAGGGAGCAGCACGUGGAAUGGGAGAGAAAUUGUUGUCGUGGACACGCCUGGUAUUUUCGACACUGAGGUACAGGAGGCUGACACACAAAGGGAGAUUGCUAAUUGCAUCCUCCUGACCUCUCCUGGGCCUCACGCUGUGCUCCUGGUGGUCCCGCUGGGCCGGUACACAAAGGAGGAACAAAAAGCCAUGGAGAAGAUGCUGUCAAUGUUUGGACCCAAAGCUAGGAGAUACAUGAUUCUCUUAUUCACCCGGAAAGAUGACUUGGAUGGCAUGGAGUUCCAUGAUUACUUAAAGGAAGCUCCACAAGGCAUUCAAGAUCUGAUGGAGCAGUUCAAGGAUCGUCACUGUGAGUUCAACAAUAAGGCGACAGGCGCUGAGCAGGAGGCUCAGAGGACACAGCUGCUGGACCUGGUGCAGCGCGUAGUGAGGGAGAACCAGGAAGGAUUCUACACUAAUAAGAUAUACCAAAAGGCUGAGGUGGAGAUUCAGAAACAGAUUCAAAUUAUACAAGAACAAUGCAGAGCUGAGCUGGAGAGAGAAAAAAGGCAGUUAAGAGAGGAGUAUGAAGAGAAAAUCAGAAAGCUAGAGGAUAAACAGGAACAGGAAAAGACAAAGGCAGAAAUGGAGUUGGAAUUGGCAGAAAGGGAGAGCUACUCUGUUUUAAGGCAACAAAAUGCCAGAGAAGAAGUUAAGAAUCAGAAAGGGAUACUUGACUUAAUCUUGAGAAGAUUGAGAGGAAUUUGGAGAGAUAUCUCAUCUCUGUUCAAGGAAGAUUAGGCUUAUGAAAAUAUGUCUAUUAUUCCCAAGUAUUUUGGGAUGCCCCUCCACCAUAUAACUCAUUCCCCCAAGUCAGAGCUCUGUUUCUGUCUCCCCAGGCUCUCAGAACUAGGGAGUGUAAUACUAGUAAGUUCAUUGUUAGACUUUUGCUUGAUUUCACAGGGGAGAGACACAUUCUCAAUUUCUAAAACUCCAAAGCAGAAAGUAUGAAUGCUCCCUGUCUUCUGAACCUUUUCCCAGACACUCAAGAAAAAAAGGAGUGCAGAAAACCAAUAGAUGAUGACCUCAAGCUUUUUUUAUAUAUUCCUAAUAACAAUUUCUCCUCUAGAUUAUUUCUAGAUUAACACAUAAUAUCUGCCUGGCUUUUACUCCAUAUUUUCCCUUUAGGAUGACAAUGGUCAUUUUACCCAUGUGGUUAGGGAAAUCAAUUACUUGCAUCACAUAAUAUAUAGCCAGAGAUGCUUAAAGAAUUAUUUUUAUAUGAACACACCUUUGUUGAAUUAUGUUUUUAUGAAAUUGUUCUUUAUCAUCUUCCCACUGAAGAACAAAGAGUUGUCUGGAAAACAGAUCUCUCAGAAUGCAACUAAUUAAAAUGCCAUAAAGAUCAAAGGAUAGAGAUUCAACAGCUGAGAGAAAAAUGAUUGGACUAUUCAGAUGUUUCUGUAAAAAUUCUUUGACCAACCUGAACGUAAGCUCUUUGGUGAAUAACUAACUGUUGUCACCAAGCCCCCAUCACCCCAAUCUUGAUUACUUACUGCUAGGUAGGUCAUUGGCAUACUGCUAUCUCUACCCACAUGUAUCAUUUGCUUAUUGUUACUACAAUAAAACUUUUCUAUUCUCUCA